AACUAGCACUGAUUUGUCAUCAAAAGUUCUUAAGUCUCAAUCUAAAACAAUUAAGGCUUCUCCCAAGCAGCCGAUCUUUAAUUCAAAUCUAAAACAAUCGAGAGGUAGUUUAGAAGAGGUCGGCAAAAUGAAGGUUAUUAGAGUAGUUGACAAGACCCAGCACUGACUUAAAAUUGACCAAACAAAGACCAGGUCUAAGCUGAUGAAUGCGAAUUGAAAUUUUCAUAAUAAAAACGAGUACUUUGAAACAUCCUCAAAAGGAGUAUCUCUAUCUGUUGGAAGCGGUAGAGUUCCGAAAAAGUAUAAAAGCACCUAAAAUUUAUGGGACAAACAAUGGAAGAGCAUCAGAAUAUGCCAAAACUAAUGAUUCAAGGAAAAUAGUCUUUAAAGAUAACCAAAGCUACUCUUUUACAAAAUAAUGACACCUGAAAAUCAAAGCUUGAUUUCCAGCAAAAGAUCAGAAAGUUCAUACAAGAUAAGUAUAGGAUAAAUCCUAACAGACCUGCUGCUAUUCCCUACGUUAUCAAGAAGACUAAGGAAUGUAUGAACAGGUCCCAGGAAGUCACGAGGAAGGAGAAAGAGAAAGAAAUCUACCUAAUACCAAGCAUUCCUAAUACACCUUGAAGCUAUUUUCAUUUUGUCAAUAAAACUCCUAUCAAUAGGAGAGAAAAGUACUCGAAUAUUAGAAUAAAGGACCCUGAGACACAAAAGAGAGCUGAUAUUAAAGUCCUAGAUAGUACUAAAAGGGUGAAUUACACUCCAACUCACACUUCAUCAAGGAUCAGAAAUAUGAAGGAGAAUGCUUACCUAGUAAAUCUCAGUACCAAGCUCAAUACUUAUCAUAGAGCCAAGAAGUUUUCAGGCCAACUCUCCAAGAUGAAAGAGUUCAUUAGAACCCAUGCGAGAAAAUAAGGAGAAACUUAAGAGCAUCAUGGGUAAAAAUUCAAUGUGUCUCUACUCCAAGAAGGCAAAGAUUGAAGACAAACGACAAUUUGAGAAAGAUAUUAAAGAGAGAGGUAAAAGCAUGAUCAUGAACAGGAUGCAUCAUCAGUUCUAUGAACAAGAUGAAGAGAAUUUGCAGAACAAAUUGAAUCUUAACUUCUUUCAGAACGAGUCUAUAUUAAGAACUGUCAGCAGUGGGUGAGGAAUGCCUGCUUAUGAGUCAAAAAUUAAUCAGGAUGAUUACUUGAGGCCAUUAUUUGAUCGAUUAAGCCUUAAAGGCAACAGAGGCCUAAAAUUUUCUCAAAAACAUUUUGAGCAAUCAACCAACUCGAUUCCAUGAAUCCCUAAAUCGACUAGAAGAAAGAUAGAAAACAAGAACUUCGAGAAAAUGUUUAACCACAAUAGUCUUGGUCGGCCAAAUUCAAAGGCAAAAUUUUAUGGUCCUGAUCUUACACUGGAAACAGACCCAUAUAUCGCAGAGAAGUCCCAGUUUUUAUUAGAGAUCGUCCCUAAAGGCCAAAGCAAGCAGCUAUCAGUGUCACCUUCUCCUUCAAUUUCCAGCAAUAUUGAUAUAGCCAAGAUAAUUCAAGGUCAGAGAGGAGUGAAGGAAGGACCUCCAGUAGGCCUCAAGGAGACCAGACUAACCAAUUCAAGGAGGUUUUGGAAAAAGAAUAAUUAUUAA